AAAAUGAAAUUUGUGAGCGAAAAGAGUGAAAACUUGGUGUAAAAUUUGGUCUUUGUGUGUGUACAGUGUGACAGCAUCUUCCGAGCAGUAUGCCACGCGUACUGCUGCUAUGCGAUAGUGAAGCAGAAGCAGCGGUAAAAGCAAUCGUAGCAACCCUCGGUCACGCGUGCCGUCGUCACCCGCUGCGCUGCCGUUUCGGUGGAAAAUUCGCCACCCGACAGCACGUGAUUGGCCGCAAGAGCGCGAUUCCGUAGUGAAAGCAAGAGUGUGUAUGUGUGUGUGUGUGUGCGUGUCUGUGAUUGUGUGAAGUGUGUACCACGCGUACCACGUGAGAGUUGUUAGCACCCGGAGUGCAGAAAGGACUCCCAGAGCGCAGGCGAGCACUCUCCGGUCUGUGUUGUUGUGUGUGUGUGUGUGCGUGCGUGUGUGUGUAUUGUGUGUCCACCUUUAGUAGAAACGUGCAUGUGUGUGUGUGUGUGGUGCCGCUCCAUAUAAAGGAUACAAACAAGUUCAGCCUUCAAUCUCCUGACCACACGGAUAAGAGCAACGACACACUAAUUAGAAGCAUCGGAACAAACAGGACAAACACACACACACACAAAACCAGCCAAUUAGUUUGGACAAGAUUACUUCACUAGCUGUAGCUGUAGUUGUUUUUGUGUGCCAAUGUGGAUUGGGCCCGUGUCAUUUUGGGCAGUCGCGCUAGAGAUCACUCAUCAAACCGGAGCAGGGCAGCUAUGAAGCAAGCGUCAUCCCUUCAUCGUUCAUUCCAUCGCCAGCAUCAGCAACCGAUCAUCAUCCGCUCCGCUCACCGCAUCAUCUCACCGCAAAGUGACCGUAUCGAACGGUUCCAAUAGAGAGUGGCAGCGGGAUAGGGGAAAGGAUAGCGCUUUUGCUUUUAGUGCCGAUUGAGCUACCGCUUCGCUAGCGCACGCCGCUUGCAACCCCGCUCCGGAUCCGGUCCAAUGGCUAGCGUUGCGGCCGGAUCCGCCGGGUCGCUGGUAGAUCCGCCUGGGGGCGGCCCUGCCGCCGGCCAGAAGCAGCGCAAGAAGGGAAAAUUUCGGCUCAAGGAACGCUCCUCGUCGUCCGUGCGGGAGAAGUUCAUCAACGACCCAGCGUACACGGAAGAUGUACGCCAUCUGGCACUGCCCAUGCGCCGCAACAGUGGCCCCGAGCACGACCCGGGCCGCAAGUUCUACAUGAUAUCGAAGAAAAAGUCCAACUCGGUCGGCAAGGACUACUCGCGGGGCAGUCUGCAGCUCGGUGGUGGCGGUGGUGGUGGUGGAGCGAGCGGCUCGAGCGAGUUCUACACGCUGGACGUGGAGUCGAUUCGCCGGGCGGGGCUGAACGUGCCGGAGGUGAAACCGCGGCGCAAGAAGUACAACCACCACAGCAGUGCAGAGCUGCUGAACCGGCUGCUGAACACGGACGAGUCGAGCAGCUCGGACGGUGUGCCGUCGAAGGGCCACAGCAGCACGCUCGACCGUGGGCGGGGGCGCAGCCUGGAUCGGCGAAGCUACACCACGUCCGAGGAGCGUACCGCGGUACGGGGUCUUUCGAUUAGUCGGACAGCGGGCGACGAAGACAUCCCGCUGGGCAGGGAUGGUGGACGGCAGCAGCAGCAGCAGCAACGAUCUCGCAAAACCCGAACCGUUAGCUCGCGCAGGGAAAACUCCGACCAGGACGUUGAACCGGUAGAGCUCAGUGCAGCGUCGGGUCUCCCGCCGGGAGAUGCUUACUCGGAGGAUGUCAUGGUGAAGGGGGCGACCGAUCCAAGGGAGGGUGGCAGUUCCAAGGGUGGUGGGCGCUUUCAAAUCGGCAAGCGCUUCCUGAAGGGCGAGAUUGGCAUCAAAAGCUUCAACUAUUACCUGCUAAAGGAGGGCCUCAAGUCGUCCAAGAAGAGUUUGCUCAAGCAACGGUCGGCACCGGUCGUUGCCGCCUCCGCCACCGUCGGUUCCGUGGACAUCCCGCUGCCCGAGCCGCCCCAAGCGAUGGAAUUGAUCAGUCCGGAGGAGUGCGAAGACGCACCGGGGGCAAGGAUGGUGGAGAAGGGGGAGGAAAACAUUUACGAAGAGAUUUACUUUGAAGAUAAACCGAAAUGUCCACCGGAGGAGUACAACAGUAAGGAGGUCAGCGCUCAGCGACCCGAAUGUCCGGACGCGAACAGUGAGAAAAUUCAAUUUAUUGACUGCGAGCUGUGCGUGCAGCAGUGCAGCAAUGCGAACUGUGACGUGUGCCACGGGCUCGGGGCACAGCACACUGCCCAGCAGCACGAGCACCAUCACCAUCAGCUGCAGCAGCAGCGGCAGGCCGAGCAGAAGCAGCAGAACAUCUACGAGCAGCUGAAGCAGCACGGGUCGGGCGGCUCGUCGGGCGGGAGUGGUCAAUCGGGAGGUGGGCUUUACGGUAAAAAGGCUGCCAAAUCGUUGGAUGUGGAUGAUCAGAUCUACCAGCGGCAGAAGCAAUUGCUGCAGGAUCAGCAAAAGCAGUCAAAGCAGUCGAUUGAUGGGCACGCAAGAAGCAUGGGCAACUUGGUGGAUGAACCAUCGAUGUACGCCAGCGAGAAUGUGCUCCAGUAUCAGUCGUACAAUCCGAGCAAUCCGAAUGUGUACAAGCUCGAGACGACGCCGGUCGCGUUCAGCAGUGACUACAGUCCGCUGCAGCAAAUCUACUACAAGCAGCAGCAGCAGCAGCAGCAGCUGUCGGCACCGCCCAGCCAAGGUGACACGCUGCCAGCGAAUCCACGACAGCACAUCUACCAAAGACCCCAUCAACCGGGCGGCGCCGUCUCGUCCGGUUCGGACUACUACCAGGAGUUGAACCAUAAGAAAUCGUCCUCUUCCAGCGAUUCGCUGCAGCAACAGCAGCGACGUCUACAAUCGAACACGGGCAUCUACUAUCAACGGGCGGCUGCGGCACUAAGCGACGAUCAACAUCGCAGUUUGAUGAGCUCUGGUGCGGGAUCCAAGAUCUACAAAGUAAACUCUACCGUUUCCAUCCUGAGUGAAGCUUCCGGUCGUAGCGAAGGUUCUUACCAUCACCAGCAACAAAUGGCGCCUCAAAUUCAACCCCAAUACCAACCACUCUCGGUGGUGAUGAAAACGGCACCACACGAUCAUCCGUCGACUCAAUCCGGUCCACAGGCAAGACCGCAACAGUCUCAGCAGCAACAACAGCAGCAGCAACCCUACGGACGCACCGGAGGCAACAUGUCCGACUCGAGCCUGGGAGAUUCACUGUUCUCCUAUCCGGCGAACCGGCGCUACUUUGGCAGCUCCGAAAGCUGUCGCUUUGCGUCGGAGUCCUGUCGCCGGUGCAGUGUGGAGGUGGACAAGUGCAGCUUCUCGGACACGUGUCGAUAUUCGGACUGUCACAAUUGUGACUGCUCUUCCAGCUACUUUUCGUCCGACUUUGACGACACCGGCCAUGGUGGAAUGCGCGGUGGCAAGAAGGGUUCGCAUCUAACGCACACACAAUCGGAAGCGGCUGGCUACUAUCAGGCGCCACCGUAUGCGGAAGACUUCAUGAAACAUGUCAGUGCGGUUAAGCGUGGCAAUCAACAGCAGCAGCAGCAGCAGCAACAGCAGCAACCGGUGUCCACUACUCACUUAAUGGCUGGGAGUAAGAUCUACGAAACUCCACCGACGUACGUUGGGAUGAUGCCGAUAACGGGCAGUGGGUUGCAGAAGCCACGGGAGCCAACGUACGAAACGCUGCGCAACCCACCGUACUCGAUCCCGAUGGUGGGUCCUUCGUAUGAAGCCACCCCGCUAGUCGCUAGUGGCCGGCUGUCAAUCAGUCAGAGUCACGAAGCAUUGAUCUCGCCCGUAAGACGUAGUCGAUCCAGCAGAAGUACCGAUACGGAUCAAUAUCCACAGCUUGAGCGUCGUUCGCCAGUGUCACACUACUCCAAAAUAAGACGACCUCAUCAAUCCAGCACUCUGCCGUCUUCGAUGCGCUCAGCAAGACGACACCAGCAACAGGGUGGAGGAGAGUACGACCCAGCCGGGUACAGUGUAAUUCGCGAAGGUCCCCCAAAUACACGAGCGGCUACGCCCGGACCAAGCGGAGGCUCCACCCUGCCCAAGUCCUUCAGUUUGCAGCAAGCGCGCACAACGCCCAUGGUUAGCGGACGGUCGGCAUCACUGCUUACGAUGGGCCACGAGUAUGCGGAAAUCACUAAAGCAAGCGCCCGGACUAAACCUAUUCCACCGCCCAUCAGUACCAUCCCGAGCACACGGGAGGCUAGAGCCAGAUCGAAGCAAGCGGCCACAGCGAACGUACGUGCCGUUUCCCCUUCACAGUACGCUCGCACCGGCCCAUCCGGUAUUGCGGGAAGUUCGGCUGGAAAUUACGCCAGCAUGGAGCGCAAGUCUCGCGAUCGGUCGACGAAGCAGGGCAAAAGCUCUGACACUGCAGGAAAAGAUCGUUCGCCAGUGCAGCGCGAGCAGCAAUUGGAGCAGAAGGGUAAAGCGAAUCGAGAGACAGGCCCGGGCGUUGCUGGUUCUGCGGCAGGUGGCAGUGCUUCGCUCACGAGAAGCGGCAAGCCUACGACGGGUAGUACCCGGCGGAAGGAGUUUGUCCGCUCCCAGCAGCAACAGCACCGUUCCAAGCGCCCGGUGCAGGACGAUCUGACCGACGACGAGGAUGACGACGAGGUGUUCCUGAACGACAAGCUGUACGAACGGCCUGCGCAGAACAAUCGGGGACAUUCGGGGAAGGAUGCGUUCGCGAAGGAUUCGCCAGUGGCUCUCGCAUCGUCCCAUCCAGUGACCGCGCCACAAACGACACAGACAAGCUCGUUAAUCGCAUCGACAACGAGCAGCAGCAUCGGCGGUGGCGUUGGCACGGGCGGAAGCGUCAGCACACCGCCAACCGCCACCUCCACCACCCUGACGACCUCACCCUCGAACGGGCGAAGCUCCGGUGCGCAAGCUUUCGAUUUUACGCUGCAACCCCCAACGUCAUCCUCCUCGUCCAGCGGCACUCAGCCCCACUCGUCCUCCUCGCCCACGGUGGCGGCCACCGUCUCACCCGUGCCCGCUCCACGAGCGAAAUCAAAACAAAAGCCAGAGCUCGGUGCCGGCACCGCAGCCGGCAGCCGAACGGCGCCCGGUGGCGCUCAGCCGAACGAAAGCGAGAGUUUGCGCACCGAGCGCCCGAAAGCUCCGGUGCCGAGUGCCGGGCUGAGUGUCGGCGUGAGUGCCGGACCGCCGGCGGAUGCUGGGCCACCCAGCAGCGACGGCAGCGGCGGUCUCUCCACCACCGGCAAGGUGGACGGCAAAACAACAACAAUCGCUGCACCGAUCAGUUUCGAAUCUGGCGUCGUCGGUGAAGCAACGCGUCGUGACGUCGUGCGUCGGCCAGCAAGCGGACCAGUGAACAGAUCAAAGGACCACUCACCGUCGGCAGCGGACCGGGAAGUGCUACCGAGCGAACCUGAACAGUCACCCAACCAAGGGCCCAUCGACGUCCCAACCGAACAACUACACCCCGACAACGAUGAUGACGAACCCAAUGCCAGGGAUGCUGAUGAACUGACGAAAUUAAUUGGCAACGAUGAAUGUGACAUCAGUGACUUCCCGCUGCCCGAGCUCCCGGUGAGCAGCAGCAGACAGGAUCCGACCUCCUCGGACAGCUUCCUCACGGCGACGGACGCCGAGGAUGGUGGCAUCGGUCCGGCAGACGAGUCCGCACUAGCAGCCGAGCAACGAACACGCACCGAGCGAACGGAGGAUACUAGCGAGCGGGCACAGCAGGACGGCGACGACGACAACGACAGCAUGCACUACCGGACGGCAGCAAACGGCGGCAAGCCGACCUAUCUGUUCGGGGAAAACGUUAAAAAGAAUGGAAUAUUUCUCAACAAAUCGGGCUGGGUACAGGUAACCGGUGGACAGCAAUCCAUCCCCGGGAGUCGGGGAACGCCAACCGGGUCGUCCUAUCAGGCUCUUGGGUCGGGUGGUUCGGGCCUAGCGACGGGCUCGACGGUAGGACAAAAGGUAACACGCAAAUACAUCGAGUACGAUGAAAACCGGUACACGGGACGGCCGGGAACCGGUGCGAGCAAGCUGGAAGAUCUGAUUAACCGCAACGAAUCUCGCGGUAAACCAGCCGGCCGUCCAUCCAGUCAGCAGUCGCAACAGCGGCAGGAUAAUGUAACGAUUCUAAAAAUAGAUCCUGGGUCGGGUACGACCUCUUCUCUUAAUGCUGCCUCGCUGUCUGGUAGCCGACCGGCUUGCCUUUCAAUUAAACGCAACCUAGCGGAUGGGAGCCCCCCACCGGUGACGCCAAUUCUGUCGCCACCUCCCGCAUUUCAAGACACCCAGCAACAGCAGCAACAGCAGCAAUCGAACAAAACCCGACUCGGGGACAUUAAACCCUGCACGAGAAUAUUUCUCUCCGUCGUGGAUAAUGAAAACCACAACCCGAAGGGGAUGGUGUUUUCGAGAAGUUUCGAGUACGACCGGCGCAAUCGACGCCCACCGGACGAUGAUCUGGACCAACGGGGUGGAUACGGUGGCGGAUCGGGUGGACCGGGCGGUGGCAGCAGCAGCAGUACGGAUGCCUUUUCGAAAAGCUUCGAGUACGAGUUUAAUCCAUCCGGCUCGAUGGGAAGUUUGCAGCCACAGCAGCAACCACUGAAAAGCUCGCUAAUAAGACGCAACCGUUCGCCGACGUUUGCCACACUGACCGGGAACUCGCCCAACUAUCUCACCAAAAAGGAAAAGCCAGCCAAGCUGAGCUCACCGAUCUUCCCGAAAGCGAUACCGGGCAAUAGUCUUACGGUGAACCGGGCCACCCUUGGGUACGCGUCCAGCGAGUCGUUGCGAAAGUUCGACAAGAACAAAUCGUUGGAUGCGGGCGUUUCGAUGGGGGCCGGUGCUGCCAGCGCAGGCCAUCGUUCAAGGCGGUCGCAGUUCUCGACGAAGGCGAACUCUGCGCCUGGUCUACCGUACGGGUUUCGAUCAGAUUCGGUCGGCAAUCAGCGACUCAAUUCCUGUGAUAGUGGUGCCCGAUCAGACUACUCCAACGACGACGUGGAUGACGACGAUGACAUCAGCGAAGAUCAGUCCUCUUCACUUGCGCUAAGCUACAAAUCAUCCACCUCGUACAUCAACCAGAUGAAGGGACGAGCGUUUGCUGGUGGUAGUCCCAGCCAGAGCCAAACGGCACUCCUAUCCGCCGGCACACCGCACGGUCUGCUCAAAUCCCAGCGCUCGCUAACGCCCGAACGGCUGUACGACCACAACGACGAGUACGGCAGCGCGCGGAACCUCAAGAAGCAACGAUCUCUGACUCCGGAGAAACGCUCCCGGACACCGGACGAUCGCACCAAGCGCAAGGGUGGUAGCGGCGAUCAGGCUACCAACAGCUCGCAGUCAUCGCUCGUGUCGCGCCAAAGCUCGGGCUCGCGCAGCAGCACACUCGAACGGCAGCAGCUGCGCUACGACGAGGGCUACAUGCGCACGAGCAGCCGCAGCUCGUCCAGCUCGAGCUACAGCCGGGACGAGAACGUACCGACGACCAGCCCGAGCGCCACCUACCGGCGCAAUCAGCUGCGAGGGAACGUGCGGCUGCAGCCGGGACCGACACCGCUCGGCGGCGGUGACUACAAGAUACGCCGAUCGAGGUCGCUCCAACUGUCGGAAAGAUCGCCCAGUCGCCAGCAAAUGCCAGUGCAGCAGAUGCCCCACAAGGUGGUGGUACGGCUGGGAACGGUACCACCGAAGGAGCGUCCCACCUACGCCACGCCGAACGUGCUGGGCGGUGGCCGAAAGCCAGGGCCACCGUCCCAACUUCUCAGCCAGGACAGUCUCACCCUGACCGGGUCACAUCUGUACAGCCGCAUCUCGCCGAACAGUACGCUCGACCGGUUGCGGCGCGAGACCGCCUCGCACACGCUGGACGUGGUCGACAAGAGCAAAUCCUUUGACAACAACAACUACGGGCUCGGCCUCGGUGGUGGCACGGGCAUCAGCGCCAGCGCCGCCACCGGACACCCGUACGAGUACGAGUUUGACAAGAGCAAAUCGUUCGACGACAAUCUCGGCAUGCCGCUGGCCGACCGGAUGGCGGACAAGCGCACGUACGUGACGACCGAGAAGCGCUCCUACUCGCACGAUCGCGUGUUUGGCUCCAACUCGUCCAGCAACGAGUACGCUACGAGCCAGUCGUCUACUUCGCGCAACCGCUCGCCCCAAACGUCACUGUUUGGCGGACUGAACCGUCUGUACGAACCGGAGCUACCGUACGAACUGAAUCGCGUUACGAGUGCCCGCUCACCGAUCAUGAUGGGAUCGGCCUACCGGCAGGCACGUGCGGCCGGCGUGUCGAGGGAACGAUCGCCCGUCCCGGGCUACCAGAAACCGACCGACCUGUAUCUGAUGCGCCAGCAAACGCCCGACUCCGAGUACGACGAGCGGCUGAUGACGCCGGAGUACGGUGGGGCGGAGCCUGCCCAACCGAUAGCCACCUUCAAGGAGGCCGAGCUGGUGAAGAAGUUCCUGUACGCCACCAAGAACAAGGUGCAGAUGCACCGGGAAUCGGCCGCCCGGAACGCGAUGCCACCGCCCACCAUCGCCGGGACGCCAUCGUCUGGAAGUUGUACCGCUAGCUCCUGUGACUUUUGGCCACACUGUGGCGUGUCGUCCGCGGGUGCAACUGCAAGUGCGCGCCAGUCGGUCGAGGAACAGUCGAAGGAACAGUUGGCCACUAGCCACCUGCCCAAAUCGGGCAGUGAUAAUUGUUUGAGCCGCAGGGGAAAGCGUGUGGUGGUAGCACCGCCCGAGGUGAUAUACAUCGGCGACAGUGUGGGUGGACCGCGGGCGGACAGUGGUGGUAGCAACAGUAGUAGCGUUAGUAGUCACAACCAAGGUAGUCACAGCGGCGGUUCGGCCAUCGGCUGGCCACACGCGGCAUCGCCGAAAGCGCCGACCGGUUCGAACGGACCGUCGGCCCCGGAGUCGGCCGGGAUUGGUCGUGCAUCCGGGCGGGCCGUACCGGUUCCGGUCAAGGCGAACAGCUACGGGGGAGUAAGUAGCUUCGGUCAGCAGCAUCACUACUAUCAGCAACAGAAGCAGCAGCAGCAACCACACCACCAGCAGGACCUGCAGCAUCCGCAACGUAUUUUACGCAAGCAGCAAAACUUUGAAUUCUACGAUGACGAUGGUGCUGGCCCAAUGUCCUACCGGAUGUCAUCGGGGCCGGCAGCAAAGUCGACCGUACACGGGCCGGCUGCUGGAGGCCUUUCGGUCGAACAGUACGGCCAGCCGACCGGUGCCGGCAGCAACAGCAACAUCAUCAGCACGAUCAUAAAGGCAAACUCGAUAACGUUUCUCGGCGAGCACGAGAUGCCAAUUACGCGUGACCGUGCUUCCACGCCCAAGGGAAAGGUAGCGGUGGCCGGGCAGUCCGUGCCGGGGAGCACUGGUGCGUUCUCGACAGCCAAAAGUAAUGGUGGCACAUCAAUGACAGUCGUGCCGGUGGCGAUGGCACCAGCGAUGGUGGCGAACGGGAAAGCCAACCGUACCGGGGGCAGUAACAAACAGCGACACCAUCAACAAUCGUCGACUGUUGGCAGCAAUCAGCAGCAGCAGCAACAUGGCGGCACAGCUUGCACUGGCACUGGCACCGAUGCGCGGGACGGUAGAGCGAGACCUCAGACGACAAAACCACGAGCGGCGGCGACGGCGGCGGCAGCGACGGCAGCACAACCAUCGACAUCGUUAGCGACCGGGUCCAUCAAGCGAAAGUUUGAGAUGAAACUCAAGAGUCGUUCGCUGCCCAAAUCCUUCAUGCGCUACAGCAACCUAACGACGGAUGACCUGGAGCUGUCCGCUAUUUUUACAUCGAAUGCGCCCCUUCAGCUGAGAGCCGUAUCUAGUCCGUCGAUUUCCGAGGCCCCAGUCGAGGUGGUAGCACCGGCUGGCAGGAGCCGGCAGGAUGCCGAAAGCCCCAACCACCACCUAAGUACUGGCGGUGCCAAUGCUCAUCUCAAUCCUCCCACAACGAAUGUGCAUCAGCAUCCAUCGUCCACGAUCGCGUCAUCAUCUGCACCGCAUCAGAAGACUGUCCAAGCCAAAGUGUCCACCGCAGCAACGCACCAUCCAGUGCAAGUCUCCGAAAGCGUACUGCAAAAGUUUCGCAAAACGUUUUCCCACUUUAAAACCUCCAAAUCGGCGCCCCAUCCGGUGACGGCGGCCGGUGUGACGAUGCCGACAACGACCACUGGUCUUACCACAUCCACCGACCUGCAAACUGCUGGAGCCACGAUGAGUGUGGAUGACAAACAGCAGCAGCAGCAUCACCAUCACCGUUUCGGGCCACUGAUCUGGCGAUCGAGCAAGGAGCGCCGCAAGACCAAGUCCCACCGGCGGGACAAAUGUAACAGCGGCGACUCGGGCAUCCAGGUCGAGCUGGACAACGAUGCGGAUCAGCAUCUGCUGCUGCAGCAGCUUCACCCGCUCGAACAUCACCAUCCAGCCGGGGUGGACGCCGGACGCAAUGGGAAUGUACCACCACAGUAUACCGCCACCGGCGGUGUACCGGUGCGACGGGCCAACUCAGCGAAAGUGUCCACCGCCAGCAGUACCGGCAGCGGCUCCUCCACCCUGCUCAAGCACAAGCUAUCGCUCAAGGGCAAGGGCAAGGAGAACGUGAGCAACAUAACGCGCCUGAGCGGCAAAUCGCUCAGCCAGCCGUCCGGCCUGGACUGUAUCGUCGCAUCCGGUGGUGACUCCGCCGACUGUGGCGCAGGCGUGGAUGGCAGGCGACGCCGCCGACGGCAGCACACGCGCACCUCCACCACCAUACCGACCGAGCUGGAUCUGAGCGACAGCGAAAGCAUAUCGUCCCAUCCGGACGAGGACGACGAGGCGGUUGCGGUCGAGGACGAACUGCUCGUUGCCGCCGAGCCCGUCUUUGCCGAGGUGCUGUUUUCCUUCCGGCCCGGCGGUCCGCAGGAGCUCGGGCUGGAGAAGGGCGCGCUGGUCGAGGUGCUGAAGCGUGAGCAGGGACCGUGGUGGUGGGGACGGCUAAAAUCGGACGCGAUCGUGUCGGAGGGCGCCGAUUGCAGCAAACCGUCGAACGGCGGCGCGUGCGGCUGGUUCCCGAAGGACUUUGUCAAGAUUGUGCCGACGUACGCAAAGCCGAAGCAGAUCAUCAUCAUCAGCAGCCAGGGUGAGGCGAACAAGCAGCAUCAUCCGGCGGGCGAGGACGACGAUGGGGCCAGCAGCAGCGCCUCGACACUGAUCGAAGGUGGUGGUCACUGUGAUAGUACGCGACUGAUGGGCGGCCUGUCGAUGGCAGGCGACGCGACGGCAGCGCCGGUGGAGGGAGCGGGGCAGGGUGAGGAGGGUGCGGGUGCCACUAGUCAUGACCUAACGAAGGAGAACAUCAUCAAGGAGCUGCUGGAGACGGAGAUUAACUACGUGAAGCUGCUCAACUCACUGUGCUUAGGCUUCAUUAAACCACUUCGCGAGCGGGAAGAUGUCUUUUCGGUGGAAAGUGUAAAUUUGAUAUUUUCCAACCUGGAAAAGAUCUGGCGCUUCCAGCAAACCUUCCUGGACGCGCUGCGCGUCGCCGUGCCAAACAAUCGGAUCGGUGAAGUGUUCCUGGAAUAUCAAUCAGCGUUUAUGGUGUACUCGUCCUACUGCAACUCCUACCCCCGCGCACUGAUGGAGCUGGAGAACUAUGCCAACAAUAAGGAAGCGAAUCAAAUACUGGAAAACUGCCGGAUGGCGGAAAACCUGCCCGAGUUACCACUGUCGGCGCAUCUGCUUGCCCCGAUCCAACGGAUAUGCCGUUACCCGCUGCACCUUAGCGAACUAGUCAAACACUCGCUCACGCGGAAGGAGCUGCUGCCGACGCUGAACCUGCGCAAGUGCACCAAAUCCGAGCUGGAAACGAUGGACUGCCGGGAGGUGUUCGAGCUCGCCCUGUCGGCGAUGCGCCGCGUCACCGAGAUGGUGAAUGAAGGCAAACGGCACAGCGAGUAUCUGUCCCGCAUCCAGGCCCGGUUCGAAAACUUCCAGGGCCCGUCGAUCAACGUGCACAGCACGCGGCUGUUCCUGCAGACCGACGCGAUCCGGAUGUCGCCGAACCUGUGGAACAACACGUACACGCUCUUCCUGUUCGACCGGCAGCUCGUCUACUGCAAGAAGGAUCUGCUCAAGCGCACCAACUACAUCUACAAGGGCCGCAUCUUUCUCGACAACUGCCGCAUCCUGAACCUGCCGGACGGGAAGAUGUUCGGUGUGACGCUGAAGAACGCGCUGCGCCUGUACUGCGACACGCGCAACAAGUGGUUCGACUUUUGCUUCCGCAGCAGCAGCAGCAAGCUGCGCUUCCUCAACACACUCUCUUCAGAGCGGCAGUUCUGCGGUGAAAGUUUGUUCGUGUCCGAGCUGGACGGUGGCGCCGCGUCCUGCUUCGACGAUGACAAUCUGUCCGAUCGGGAGUACUUCCCGUACGUGGACGUGGAUAGCAAGGAGUCGAUGGUCGGGGAGAAUGGUGGAGAUCCGAACCUGUACGAUGUGGUCGAUGCGGGCAGUUUCCGUCCCUCGGUAGCGAGCAGCGUUUCUUCGUCCCUGUCGACCAGCUCGCAGCAGUACGCGAAAGAAUCUCUAAGCGCACGGGCAAGCGCAACCGGUGCCCCGCCCAUGAUGCCGCCGGCAGCACCGCUCAGUGGCAGUGGUGGUGGUAACACGCUGCCGAAAAAGUCUCGAAAAAUGCCCAAAGAAGCGAUGUUGCAGCAGCAGCAGCAGCAGCAAGUACUUGCCAGUGGAGAGUACGGUUCCAACUCGCUCGGACGCCGGAAGCUGGGCAACUGGUUCCGCAAGGCGAAAAGCACCAACAGCACACCGUCCCAAAGCCCGACGCACCAUCCGAUGGCAAUGUCGCUUGCGUCCAUCGGCAACAACAACAACCACUCGGACAGCUCGUCCCAGAGCAGCCUGGCGAGCGGGUUCCAGCAGCAACGGGCCCUGUCGACACUCGGCACCGGUUCCACGGCGCUUACCAGCAGCGGAACCGCCCUAUCGACCGGGCCGGGCGGCAAAGAUGAUGACAAGGAUGAGCUGUUGUUCUAAUUGUUGCAACUCCUGUCCUCGAAAAUCCUUCCUGCAUCACUGCUCCUAACCAACACAUACAGCAGCAUUAAUGGACGCAAAACAACAAGUUAAACUUUUUCACAAAUUAUUGGCGAGAAAACUCAAGCAAUUGUGGUAAAAAAAGCUAAAAAAAAAGGUGAUUAAGUUGAUGCUUGGCUUAAUUAGUUCUAUUGUUCUACCAUACAUAGUAGUAACAUACAAUUAGCAAGAAAAAGAAAUGCAACCCCAUUUAGAAACGUAAAACACACACAAAAGAAACCCAUCAACCGCUGCCAAACGAGCCAAAGAAGCGAAAAGGAGAGAGAAAAACACGAAAAAAUGAAAAAAAGAACUAAACACAAAAACAAAACACGACGCAUGUGUUCACAAUUGAUGUUUUAAAACAGAAUGUAGAACAGAAAGAAGAAGAAGAAGAAGAAAAACGAAACAAAUAACACUGAGUGAAAGAGACAACACGUCAUCCGUGUAAAACGCGUUCUGUGAGAAUGAAAGUCAUUUUUUGCUAACUUAAGCCACCACACGCUGUCGUCAAUUGUUUGCAUUGGUUGUAAAAGUUUCGAAACUAUAAAAAGUAGAUGAAGUACAGCAUCACUCAACGGUAAUUAUUAUUUAAGUAACAGUAAAAGAGAGAGCGAGAGAAACAGAGAGAGGUUUCAACAUUAUUCAAACCAUUUGCGUUUGUAGAUUGGAUCAAUCAAUUGGAGUAUAUUGCUCAAAUUAUACAAUUAGUGAACUUUGUGUUCGUGAAAGUGUUAAGUUACAGAAGUGAACAAGAAAACUAUUCGUUUCUUACACUCCUACACAUUGGACUAUAAGAGGCGGAAUUAGAAGUAGUAGAGGAAGAAAAAAAACAAAACAAGCAAUCAAAGUUGAAAGAAAGUGUAGCAAAAAGCUCAGCGCCGCCACCGCCAACACGCUUACAAUAUGGCGGCGCUUACAGCCACGUGGUCGCCAAGAAGAUGGGGAGGAAAGAUGGGAUUUUAAUCUACGGAUUUAGUGAUGUUUAGUAGCAGUUUUGAAGUAUUAGCGAUAGGCGAAACAACACUAGGUGAGUGCAGGGAGUUGCUGGGAAUCGAAACAAAACAAAAACAAAACGGUAGCAAUAAUGUAUAUUGCAAUAUUAAGCGAAAAACUCUGAGAGAGCAGAGGUGAACCAAGAAAAUCAACACGAAACAGGAAGUUCACUUUUAGCUGGAAAGAGGGAGUUGAAAGAUGAAAACAAGCGGGGGUAGUCUGCUGGCAGAAAUCAACUAGUAAUACGCGGCUUCGUGUUUAAUCUUGUUAGUGAUUAGCGGUGUUGCUGAGUUCUCUAAGGUUCAUUUAACGACGAUCCUUUCUGUCCUUCUUAAUGGUUAUAUUUUCUACUCACAAAAAACCAAUUUGCGCUUCCACCGUCGGGCAUACGUCUUUUUAUGGUCGCGGGUUUGGACAUUCGUAACAAGACUUGUUGUAAAACUAUGUUAAAAAGUUGGUGGAAAAGUUGAUAGUAAGAAGGCUAAAAAAGGCGGAAGCACACAACAAUACAGGGUUAUUAAACUGAAAAGGAGCGCCAAAGGGAGCCCAUUUUCCGGCACGAGAAGCGCGGUAGCUUUACCUUCUCGUCCUUAUCUUCACUUUCGUGGUAGCCUGAUACAGGAGAUCACGCAUGCAAAAAAACACGUGGCUGAAUUGUUUUUUUUUAUGUUUUUUUACACUAAAAACCCGUCGUUAAGUCGGAAAACGGUAAAAAUAAAAUUAAACCUUAUACAAUAAGAUUAUACUCUCUCGAGGCAAGGAUAUACAAAAAAAUACACACAACACACUUUUAGCUGGUUAGUUUGCAGAUGUUGUGCAAUAAAACAUAAGACACAUCUAGAAUCGAAACCAACUAAACACUAAAAAGAAAUUAAAAAAAAGAGGAAAUCAAUUAAUGAAAUGGAAGGAUACAAAUUGGAAACCUAUUAGAUUUUACUAAUGUUUCUUUUUAUGUUCGUUUUCCACUGCGUUUGCGUUUCAUCCACCGUCUCCGUACUUUGGCACACAAAAUGUGCACUGUAACUGAACUGUAUUUUAAUAAUGUUACGUGUUUCUUUUUAAUGCGUGUGUUAAACAAAAGGGGAAAACAAAGACUGGACGUGUGUAAGUACGUUGCGUCCCUUAUUGUUGUAUUAUUGUACAAUUACAAUCGCACCGACCAUUUUACUAGCGCCGUACUUACAGCGCAGCACAAAACGCACACACACACAUAAAAAAGUCAUUAAAUAAAAGAGAGAAAAAACAUAAAACUAAUAAUUGUCAUUCGGAAACGGAAACAUAUCGUUGUUUGUCGCGUACAACACAACAGUUUGAAUCUCACAACAAAUAACAAAACAUAAAUCUCGAGCAAGCAAUGUUGUUACACUUGUUAGGGGGUAAUUGGUAAUUUAAGCAACAUUACACCCCCACACCAACUAAUAGAGAUGUGUGUUUUUUGUUUGUUUUUUUUUCGGUGUGUUUGUUAUAAUUGUUCCACACAAUUCCGUUACCAAUUGUUAGUUCCUUCCUUUUUUUAUAAGAAAAAAAACCGUUAAAUUAAACAAUUUAAAUCAUCCCGUAGAGAAAGCGUUAGGCGUUUUACUGGUCCCUCUAGUUGGCCGUAACAAAACGCGAUGUGUUGCGUUUUGUUAAGGAUGGCCAUCAUAGUAAACACAGAAGUAAUCGAAAUUUGGUCAAUGCAAUGCGGCGCGCCUACCCAGCAACUGUGUCUCCACGUGGCACUAUGCGGGAGGGUGGAGCGAGCUCGAUCGCACUAAAAGAGUAAAAAAAAACACA